AUGACUGUUUCCGUACAUACACCCACAAAAAAAUCAUCCGAUCAUCAUUCCCAGCUCCCUUGUUGUAAAAUGAAGAAACUCUCCACUCAAAUCCUUCGUAAUGCUAGCAUUGUUCCAUCCACCACCAAUGCUGCUUCUCGUCGCCUCUUCUCUACAUCAACCGUUGCCAACAAGAAGAAGGUCGACAUUAAAUACACCAAACUCUUCAUUGGAGGUCAAUUUGUUGAAGGAAAGGAAGGAAAGAAGUUCUCUGUGAUCAAUCCAGCUACAGAAGAGGAAAUUUGUCAAGUGAGUGAGGCUACCAAGGCUGAUGUUGAUGAAGCUGUCAAAGUUGCUCGUGCCACUUUUGAAAAUGUUUGGAGAAAUUACUCUCCUCAUCAACGUAGUAUUUUGAUGAACAGAUGGGCUGAUUUGAUUGAGAGAGAUGCUGACUACAUUGCUGAUCUUGAGUCUUUGGACAAUGGUAAGCCAAGAGAAAUGUCAAGAAAUGUUGACGUUGCAAUGACCAUUUCUACCAUUAGAUACUUUGCUGGUUGGGCUGAUAAGAUCAAUGGAGACACUAUUCCAUUGGAAGGAGAUUACUUUUGUUACACUCAAAGAGAACCUGUUGGAGUUUGUGCUCAAAUUGUUCCAUGGAACUUCCCAUUGUUGAUGGCAACUUGGAAGUGGACUCCUUGUCUCGCAACUGGUAACGUCUCUAUUUUGAAAACUGCUGAGCAAACUCCAUUGUCUGCUCUUUAUGUAGCAUCUUUGGCCAAGGAAGCUGGUUUCCCAGAUGGUGUUAUUCAAGUUCUUAGUGGUUUUGGUGAAACUGCUGGUGCAGCUUUGGCAUACCACAAUGAUGUUGAUAAGGUUUCAUUCACUGGUAGCACAGAAGUUGGUAAGAAGAUUCAAAAAGCUUCUGCUGAAAGCAAUUUGAAGAGAGUCACUUUGGAGCUUGGUGGUAAAUCUCCACUUAUUGUUUUGGGAGAUGUUAAGGAUCGUGAAUCUAUGAACAAGAUUGUCGAUAUUGCUAACUUUGGUACUUUCUUUAACCAAGGUCAAGUCUGUACUUGUAGCUCUCGUGUCUUUGUUGCUUCAAGCAUUUAUGAAGAUUUCUUGAAGGUUUCAAAGGAAAAGGCUGAAAAGAGAAUUGUUGGUGACCCAUUCGAGAAGAAGACUGAACAAGGACCACAAGUCAGUGAGGAGCAAUUCAACAAGAUUAUGAGUUACAUUGAGUAUGGUAAGAAACAUACUAAACUUGUCACUGGUGGUGAGAGACUCGGAAACAGAGGUUACUUUAUCAAACCAACAGUCUUUGCUGAUGUUGAUGAUACUCACAAGAUUGCCCAAGAGGAAAUCUUUGGUCCAGUCAUGAGCGUUAUUCGUUAUGAUGACAAUGAAGUUGAAGAGGCUAUCAAGAGAGCAAACAACAGUGAAUAUGGAUUAGCAGCUGGUGUUUUGACUCAUGAUUUGAAUAAGGCCUAUCGUAUUGCCAGUGGAUUGAAGGCAGGAACUGUUUGGGUCAAUUGCUGGAACGCAUUCUUCCAUAACGUUCCAUUUGGUGGUUACAAGCAAAGUGGUAUUGGAAGAGAUUUGGGUGAAGCUGCAUUGCAUGAAUAUACUGAGAACAAGUCUGUGAUUACCUAUGUUCCAGGUUUGAAACGUCCAUACAAGUUUUAA